AUGUUUGGGACGUUCUUCAAUUUCUUUUCUGCGCCACGGCCAGAUGUUGUCACCGAAGCCCCGACACAUGAGCAGAUCGAGCGCGCUGAACAUCUUCUAGAGGCUCAGAUCAAAGCGGCCGCGUUAUUCGAAGAUAUCGAGAACCAAUUGGUCAGGUUUGGAAUCAGCGAGAAGACUCUAAACAAAGAGAUAUACGAUCUAGGCGCCUUGCACGGUAGAACACCCCCCCCCCCCGACCGCAUCAUUCAACCCGACGACAUUCUCGUCGUGGACUUGGGACCUAUAUUUGAGGCUUGGGAAGCAGACUUUGGCCGCACAUUUGUUCUCGGGGAGGACCAUCACAAGCUGAAGCUUCGAGAUUCGCUGAAGCCGAUCUGGAAAAUAGUCAGAGGGAAGUACUUGGCAAGCCCUGGUAUCACUGGUGAAGAGCUGUACGAGAUUGCAUGCGCGGAGGCCCAGCGCUUCGGCUUCGAUUUCGGUGCUGAGAUUGCAGGCCAUCUGGUCGGCUGCUUUCCGCAUGAACGGAUCCCCCAUGAUCGGUUGUCUCUCUAUAUCAAAAAGGGGAACAAGGAGAAGAUAAAUUCAAUUGGCCGCGACGGGCUGAAGCGCCACUGGAUCUUGGAGAUCCAUCUCCGUGAUCCUGUUUAUCAAUUCGGUGGCUUCUAUGAGCAGUUGAUGACUGUAUAA